AUGAUGUCAAGACAGGCCUUUCUCUGCAGUUUGGGAUCUCUGUAUUUGUCCCUUCUGUUUAUAUUUCUUCUAAUGGAUGUUUAUGCAAGGCCUGCAAAUAAUUCGGCCCUCAAAGAAAAGCCAGCUGACAGUAAAGAUGAGAAUGAGAUCCUGCCCCCAGAUCACUUGAACGGGGUCAAAAUGGAGAUGGAUGGACAUCUUAACAAAGAAUUUCAUCAAGAAGUUUUUCUAGGAAAAGACAUGGAAGAAUUUGAGGAAGAUUCAGAACCCAGAAAAAACAGGAAGAAGCUCAUGGUCAUCUUUUCAAAGGUGGAUAUAAAUAAUGAUAAAAAGAUAGGUGCGAAAGAGAUGCAGCGCUGGAUCAUGGAAAAGACAGAUGAACAUUUCCAGGAAGCUGUGGAAGAGAAUAAAAUGCACUUCCGAGCUGUGGACCCUGAUGGCGAUGGCCAUGUGUCCUGGGAUGAAUAUAAAAUCAAAUUUUUGGCAAGUAAAGGCUUUAAUGAAAAAGAGAUUGCAGAGAAGAUCAAAAAUAAUGAAGAGUUGAAAAUAGAUGAAGAAACACAGGAAGUUUUAGAUAACCUGAAGGACCGGUGGUACCAAGCUGACAACCCGCCUCCUGAUCUGUUGUUGAAUGAAGAAGAAUUCUUGUCCUUUCUUCAUCCAGAGCAUAGUAGGGGAAUGCUGAAGUUCAUGGUGAAAGAGAUCAUCCGAGAUUUGGAUCAAGAUGGAGAUAAGAAACUUACCCUUUCGGAGUUCAUUUCAUUACCUGUUGGCACUGUAGAGAACCAGCAAGCUCAAGAUAUUGAUGAUGACUGGGUAAAAGACAGAAGGAAGGAAUUUGAGGAGGUCAUCGAUGCUAACCAUGAUGGUAUUGUCACAAUGGAAGAGCUGGAGGAAUAUAUGGAUCCUAUGAAUGAGUACAAUGCCCUAAAUGAAGCGAAGCAAAUGAUAGCAGUAGCAGAUGAAAACCAAAACCAUCACUUAGAGCUGGAAGAGAUCCUGAAAUACAGUGAAUACUUCACAGGCAGCAAGCUUAUGGACUAUGCACGUAACGUCCACGAGGAGUUCUGAUCCUGCUCGUUUUUCCAGAGCUCUGAAGCCCUUUCUUGCUUUAAAAACAAAACAAAACAAACAAAAAAAAAUCCAACCCCUAAACAGACAGAAAGUUUCUUUGCUGCUAUCUGUGUUAUAAGCCUACAGUGUGUUGUCCUAGACUUAGGAAAAAAACUUCCGUCCAUGCAUAAGAACCACAGCUCUCUUGCCUUCAGUAUGAGGGGGGAAAAAAGUCCAUAAAUAAUGGGGAGGUGCUGGACUCCAUCAGUUCACCCUAGUUUGUACAGCGAAUACAGCU